CCUCCAAACCAAAUAGAUAUUUCCAUAUCACAACUUUAUCAUCCCCGACGACCAAAACCCCGAACGAAAUCAACACUAUUCUUUCCGAUUGAAUGAGUGCAAGUGAAGGAAGCUCCGGCCACUCUGCAGAUGCUCCGGCCAAGCGAAAAGACAAAGCUAAAGUCAGCCGGACGUCCUUGAUACUAUGGCACACUCACCAGAACGAUGCUGCUGCUGUCAAGAAGCUUCUCGAAGAAGAUCAGUCUCUCGUUCAUGCUAGAGAUUAUGAUAAUCGAACUCCGCUUCACGUUGCUUCGCUUCACGGAUGGAUCGAUGUUGCUAAGUGUUUGAUUGAGUAUGGAGCUGAUGUCAACGCUCAGGAUCGGUGGAAGAAUACGCCGCUCGCUGAUGCGGAAGGAGCGAAAAAACAUAGCAUGGUCGAGUUGUUGAAGAUGUACGAUGGCGUGUCUUUUGGCCAGGAUGGAAGCCAUUCGGAACCAAAGCCUGUGCUACCUCCUCUUUCAAAUAAGUGUGACUGGGAAAUUGACCCUGUGGAGCUGGACUUCACAAACUCACACAUUGUAGGCAAGGGGUCCUUUGGUGAGAUUAUAAGAGCAUCUUGGCGGGGAACACCUGUAGCUGUGAAACGUAUCCUUCCAAGUCUCUCAGAUGACAGAUUCGUGAUUCAGGACUUUAGGCACGAGGUGAAUUUGCUGGUCAAGCUUCGCCACCCUAAUAUAGUCCAAUUUCUUGGAGCCGUUACCGAAAAGAAACCGUUAAUGCUGAUUACCGAGUUUUUACGAGGGGGUGAUCUUCAUCAGUGCCUAAAGGAGAAGGGUGCUCUUAAUCCAACAACAGCUAUAAACUUUGCUUUAGACAUUGCCAGAGGCAUGGCAUAUAUGCAUACUGAGCCAAAUGUCAUAAUUCAUAGAGACUUAAAGCCAAGGAAUGUUCUUUUAGUCAACUCCAAUGCUGACCAUCUUAAAGUCGGUGACUUUGGACUAAGCAAACUAAUCAGGGUUCAGAAUUCUCACGAUGUCUACAAAAUGACCGGCGAAACCGGGAGCUAUCGUUAUAUGGCUCCCGAAGUCUUCAAGCACCGGAAAUACGAUAAGAAAGUCGAUGUGUACUCUUUUGCAAUGAUAUUGUACCAGAUGCUUGAAGGAGACCCGCCACUAUCAAAUUAUGAACCUUAUGAAGCAGCAAAGUGUGCAGCUGAAGGGCUCCGGCCUAUUUUUAAAUCAAAAUAUUACACUCCUGAGCUGAGAGAGUUGACUGAGCAUUGCUGGGAUGCAGAUAUGAACAAGAGACCUUCAUUCUUGGAGAUUUUAAAGAGGCUUGAAAAAAUAAAGGAAAAAAUGGGAACAGAUCACCAUUGGAACAUUUUUACGUCUUGAAUAUGAUCAAGAACAAACAUGAUUCUCCGGUUUCCAAAUUCUUAAACCUUCCGCUCUUUACGAGGUACCAUGUUGUGAGUAUAUUCAUCGUUUCAUAAUUUCUGUUUUGUCUUUUCUUUUCGCGAGCAACUUAAGCGAUUUUUCACUUCACUUUAAUGACAAUAUUUUGUUGUAAAUUAUAUAUUCCGACUUUAUUUUCUAGAAAACUAUGCUUGAUUAUUCUUCA